UGAAUGGUCCCUUGGCUCGCCAUUCCAGCACAUAUUCGCCGCAGUUUGAUCUUCACUAUAACAGCAGAGAAGAGAGACGUGUGAUUUGGUGAUAAAUUUUGUCUGCUCAAAUUUCAAAAAUUUAGAAAACUUGAAAAUUUUGUGAUCGCCUGGACCUUUAUUGAAAUCGCCAACAUGUCGAAAUCGAAAGGCAUCGGGCUUUCUGGACUGAGCUGGUCUAGUGCUAAGAAGCAUCCAGCUAUUUUACCCAUCUACGCCCUAAUGGCGGCUGGGGCCUUGUUGGCUGGAGGCUACAUCUUCCGUCUUGCUACCAGAAGCCCGGACGUUACAUGGAAUAGAAAAACCAACCCGGAACCUUGGAAUGAGUAUACUAACAAGCAAUAUAAGUUUGUCGCUUCUGGUCGCGACUACACGGAAGGAAGCCCUGCUCCCAAGUACAAGUAAAAAGCCGGAGAACAAUGGGAGUGGUGAAUGAAAUCAAAAUAUCUUGCAACGCAAUUCAAUCCAGCUAUGUUUCACCACCACCAUAGAAGCAGAAUAGUCCAUCAAGUUAGCUAGCAAAUUGAUUCAACUAUAAGAAUAUAUAAACUGUAAACUGCUAAUAGCGUAAAUCUAAAUCCUUGUUUUUCAAGUGGGAUAGCGUACCAAAUCCCUUGUAAUAUUUCGGAAUUAAAUUUUGUCCAGUCAGUCAUCCAGACAAUUAAAUUCCGACAAAAUAUGAGAAUAUAAUAAAUCCACCUGACACCUCA